AUUGAAAAAAGUCACCCUGUGAUCCGUUGCUGCCAUUGUUUGACAGUUGUUUGUUUGGGUUUGUUUCAGUACUGUUUAGGGAAAUUCUUUCAGCUCGUAAUGGAUUCAGUGCCGCGAGAUUUAAUAAAUAUUUGUCGAUUUUGUCUGUGCCAGGACGAAAAUAAACUUCGUUCAAUCGAAGAAAUAUUACCACUUUCAAUCAAAGAUGUAGAACGUUUCACCGGCAUAAAGAUAAACACGGACGAAAACUUUACGUACGCGAUAUGUUUCAAUUGUACACAAAAAUUGAGAAUCUCAGCCAAUUUUCGGCAGUUUUGUUUAAAAAAUAAUGCACACUUUCAAGAGCUACUCGGCGUACUGCUGGCUAGUAUGAAAAGUGUCCCUACCGAAUCUGUUAAACCUAAAAUGCAUGAAGAAAGGGAUCCGUUAGAUUUACAUUUUGAUGUCGAAGAUAAUGAUGAGGAAGUAGAAAAGGAUGUUGUUGAGAUUUAUGAUGAUGAUGAUGAUGAUGAAGAAGAUGUUAAUGAUGCUAACAGUCCAUACCAGAAAGCAUGGAAAAACCAAGAAGAGAACUACUCUGCCAAUUACAUCGAUCUCGGGGAAAAUUCGGAAAGCGAUGAUUAUGAGCACGGUUAUGAAUAUUCUUCAUUUAAUAUUAACAAACAUUCGGAAAAUUUGGCACAACCCACCACAACAAAUAUCCCAGAUGAAGAAUCACAGGAGCGUGUAAUUAUAACGCAGCGUACCAGAAAAUCGUAUCUGCCUCAGCUGCUAUGCAACUUGUGCGGCAAACUAGUUACAAACAUUGGAGCUCACCUUGAAUCACAUGCAAACCAUCGGAAGCAUGCUUGUCCGCACUGCCCAGUAAGGAUGACCGAUAAAGGUAACCUGGACAGGCAUAUAAAGGCCGUGCACCUAAAACUCAUAACUAAAACAUGCCCAGUCUGUGGCAAGGGUUUCACAAACAAUAAUUCCUAUCUUUCGCACAUGAUUGCUCAUCACGGAAUUGGCGAUCGGUAUACGUGCAAGUUGUGCUCGAGAAUAUUUAAUCAGAAAUCCAGCCUGUCCGAUCACAUGCGAAGAACUCAUUCGAACGUUAGGAAUGUAGUAUGUAAUAUAUGUGGCAAAGCGUUCAAAGUCAGUUGAGUUUUCUUGUCUAAUUUCCCGUGUACCGUGUGUGUGUCAUCUUAUUUUUUUUGUGUGUUUUUCCUCCGUGUGCAUAGCACAGAAGUGCGUGUAUGUGUAUGUGUGUUUAAUGUUUUUUUGAAUGGGAAUGUGAGUGCUGUCGUGUCGUGCCCAGUGUGAAGAUCAUGUCCAAGAUCAUGGAAAGAUGCGUUCAGAAAAGCUUUCCCAACAUGAAACGAAAUUAAAUUCCCGCAGUCUUUUCUUGUGCGAGGAUUGGUGCGACGAAGCGGCAACCGAAUGUUAAACGAAAGAUAAAUCUAUCAAUGAAAAGGAAAUGGAAUGCUUGUGCGCGAAACACGGGUUUGUGGAACAGUGCACGAACAAACUUUUGUGGACUUGUGCUUAGUGGACAUGAAUUAGUCUAAAAAAAGAAUCGCAAUUCUAUAUCAGCUUUUGGUUUUACUCCACAUGAUCCGUUUCGAUUGCUUUAAGAAAUGUCUGGCCGGAAGAAAAUGCCCCCGGACCCGAAGACCAAGAAAAAGCAUUCAUGGGCGCAAGAGUGCGAUAGCGGGAUGCGUUGUUGGUGCGUUUGUUGGCCCAGUACACCGCGUUGGGCUUGCUUCUUUUCCGUCCACCGCACGAUUCACGUACGGUUUCGUGCGAUAGCGACGCUUUUAUUUUUUGUGUGUUUGAUAUGAUGGUGAAUAGCGCAGCGUAAUGGAGGCGAUAUAAAAGAAAAGUGAGCAAGCAAUAUCCGAGCGCGAGACACGGGGUUUGCUCUCUUCAAGUGCUUUCCUUUACGGUUCCUGCUCGGCGGUGGUUAUAGUGUUUUUGGAAUAUUCACAUGGGCCCAAAACACAGAGGGGCUUUAAAUUCUGGUUUUUCUCAAUCCGCCAAGUCUCUUUAACGGGAGUUGAAAGAUAUGGGCAUGGUUGGGAAAGCGAUGAGCAAGAAGAGUUGUAUAGAAGGGAACGAGAAAGAAGGGGAAAAAAUCAAAAGAAACUAUUUUGCUUCAUUGCUUAAUUUACGUCCUGUCACAAAUAUCUUGUGCGGUUCAUUUCUUGAAGUAAAAAGUUUUGUUGUUCUAUUUUUUCUUCAUUUGAUAAUCCAUUCAAUGUACUUUUUGUUUGUGUUGUGCAGUUUUAUUACCUUUUUAUUAUAAUUUGUAACUUUCAUUAAUUUAUUAGAAAAUUGCUAAAUGUUAUAAAAAUGAUGAGGUGUUUACACGAAAUGUUAAAAAAAUAUAAAACACAUGGUAACGGACAUAAAAAAUGUAAUAAUAACAAAUUUUAAAUAAAAAAAAUACUGAAAUUUGUUAUAAAAAAAACAAAACCAAUUUGUGAAUAAACAAGAAAAUUGAAAAAGAAAAAAAAACAAACUACCAAAUCAAGUACACAAAAGUGCAAAAAAAAGGAAACUGUAACAAAACAAUCACCCACUUAGCGUUUGGGUUUAUUAGGCCGAUUACACAAGCAAUCAGUCGGUGAAUUUCCGAAAAAAUAGUCAAAUAAAAAAUCAUUUACAACCAUCGUUCAAAGCUCGCAAUAAAACAAUGCUAGCUUGUUCUGUGGUUGCAAUUGCGCUGGAAAUAAGAAGUAAACGCUAUAUUGAGGUUAUCAUCAGUUUUCCACUGCUGGUUUGACGGUUCACUUUUCAUGUUGGGUAACCGUUUUUCGAACACCAAUCUUUCUCCAGUGUGGUUCAAAGUGACCCAAAGUGAUCGGUUUUUUUUGUUGUUGUGUGGAAAUUGUUAUGCAACUGUUUUUCUUCUUUUACCUUUCAACUGCAUUUUUUUUUAUGCGGGGGAUUUCGUUUUGCGUGAAAAACCACUUCAAACUCCCUUUCAUUUUGCGGGAAAUGAAAAGGAUGACUUCUUCUCGUACCACCAACCUCCUUCAUGCAAGGUGAUGAUGAAUUAUGGAUGAUUUUUGGUGGGUCCUAUCUUAUCCAUUUUCUCACCCCAAACCGAUGGGGGCGCUGAAGGUAUAAUUGCGUUCCGGUCGUUUGGUUUGGAAGGAAAAAGUAAUUUUUGUAGCUUUAUUGUGAAUUCGGCAGGUACAAAAACGUGAAAAAUAAGAGUUACUUUUUCGUCUUUCAACGAGUGUUUAGCAGUGCUUUCGGAUUAGAAAGAGAGUUACCGAGUGAGUUCGGUAUUGCGAAAUGGAACGAAGUUGGUUCCGUUCGAUUAAGCUUCAACAAUGAUCGGUUGGUCCAUGGGCGGGUAAUUAUGAUGUUACACUGGUGGUCAUCUUUACUGUAACGUUUAUCUCUCAUUUUCAACCACGAAACAGGUGUGUUGGAUUUUGUUGUUCGAGCUGCCGUACACAUGGUUUAUAUGCUCUUGUGUUAGCGAUCGUGUUUCAACCAUUCAAGCGAAGGUGGGCAACCACCGAAAUUUAAAAUGUGAUAAAAAUGUAAAUUUAAUCGAUAGCCUUUGCCACAUUUAUUGGCAUUUAAUUACGAUCAUCGCAGGGAAUUUGUGAGCACGACAUCGAAACACACGAUCGAUGUUCAAAGCUGUGGUAUUGAAAUUUGGGAUAAAUAAUAUUAAAAAUAAAGCAAGAAUAAAAAUAACAGAUUAAACGGUUCGCAUUCCUGGCAACAUAUUUUCCUCUAAAAUAGAGAGAGAGAGAAAGAGAAAAAAAUCGGAUCGUUGAACUGAAAAAAGUGACAAUAUUUAUUGAUGUUUUCUUAUCCUUUGCCUUUCUGACGUUUUUCUUCCUGGCAAGAGAACGUCUUCACCUUAUGGGAACCGUUGAGUUCGAUUAAAGAAUCCGGUUCUAUUAAAUCGACAACCAUAGGUAACUUCGCAGUCCGGAUUAUGCAAAUCGAAAACAUAAAGCGACUGAAGAAAAUGGUCACUAAAUAUAAAGUAGUAGACAGUACGAAUUAAAGCGAAGAAAAUUCGUUGAAACCGUAAUAAUUUGAUUUUAUGUGUUUAUGUUGUGAAAUGUAGUCGGUUGGUGAAUGUAUUGGUGUAUGAUUAAAUUACCACCGGCGCCAUUAUCAUUCGUCCUAAUGAGUAAAGUGCGCCACUUUGUCGGCAUACAGUGCGUUAACUAAUGAGUUCUUUCCCAUGAAGAAUUUGUAAGUCAUUAAUGAAGUAUUCAAGAACUCGAUACGACUGAUUGGGAUAUGACCUGGAAUGUAACAGUUAGCUUUAAUAUUUUAUUAAAAUUAUUUUUCUUAAAAAAAUGUUUCAAAACGAGGUUAUUAUAUUACUUAAAAAUCAUUAAAAAUAUUUUAAAUAAAGAACUCCUUUUUGGAGAGCUUGAGUCACUUAUGUUAUGUCCAUAAAACUACAAAAAAGUUCGUUUGUUGUUCCGCGCUGUAGAAUUGUAGAUUUCAAGUCAUAAAUUGAAAGCAUAAAUUAAGAGCUCUCCAUACCACAAAGAGCACAUUUCUACCAGCUGUACAGUUCCAGGAAUUGUUGGAACUUUUUUCUUCCUUCUUCCAAGACAUCUAACAAACCUCUUCGGCUCGCUUACAUUAAGGCAUGCUGCAGUGUACCUGUUGCUGUUUGGUGCCCACCGGAUCGCGGGACUUUCCAUAGAUAUAAUUUCGUGUGUUUGCGUUCCAGAAUUGUCUGCCCUGCGUGCGUCUGUGUGAGAGAGAAUCAUACCACAACAACGGGGGAAAAGUGCCACUUCGCAAAAAAAAACUCCUUGGACAGAAGGAAUUCUUUCAUAUUUCUUUCUACCUCUUCGUUUGGACAGUAUCCCAGUACCCAGGGUUUAUUGUUGUAUGUUGAAGGUUUCCUAGUGGGUCUUGAGAUUGCCUCUUUCUGAGGGGAGAUUUCCUGCGGAAAGACAUGAACUUCGUCCGAAACCCGUAGUUUGAGUGGUUGUGCGAUUUCAGCAAGCGAAUCUCAGUUAACCCCGCCGUCCGCUGGGCAAGAAGGUUUUGCAUGGUGCGUUCUUCCUGCCCAAAGUAGACGGGUUAAUGUUUCACGGCGAUCGCAGCGAAAGUGGUGACCUGGAUGGUCGCGGAGGCAUUUCUUGGUUGUUUUUGCUCUAUUGCCUGCUUCUUUGGUCUUCGGCAAACCGGUCUUUGGGGUGUCGCGAAUGUGUUUGGUGCUGAGCUGAGUUUCCUCCGGUCCCUCGGAAUGGCAUGCGAAUAGCAAAUGUGUGUUAGCAACACCUAAGUAAAAGAUGUGUUAGGAAUUGGGUUGAACCGGAAGAUUGCUGUUAAAAAUGGCACGUAUGUAGCAAAGGGGUUAUUAUUAAAUAAUAUUUGCUUUCGAACGGGAUAGACUUAUUUGUUGUAUGAAAUAAAAUUCCAUCCAAAGGAAUUUGGUGCGAAUAUUGCAAGACUCUAUCACUACUGGCUAAUGUGUGUUAAAACCAUCUUUGUUAAAUUAAGAGUUAAAACAGUUUAAAACAGUGUUUUAAAGGGAUGUGUGAAUUAAUGAAGCAAGUGUUUAAUUUUCCUUUUGUGCAGCAGCCCCCAGUAAAAACGAAACGCAUAUCGAUCGAGAGAGAGAG